AUGCCGGCGAGCGGCUCGACGCAGAGCGUGGCCGCCGAGGGCGCGCCGGAGGCGGACAGCAGGCGGCUGACGCGGCUGCUGGUGAACGUGACGGUGGACCGGAGCCUGUGGCCCGUGCACCUGGUGCUGGGCGCCGACGCCACCGUGGCCGACCUCGUGCGCGCCGCCGUCGCGGCCUACGUCCGCGAGGGCCGCCACCCGCCGAUCCACCAGCACCCCGGCGGCGCGGCCGACGGGUGCGAGCUGCAUUUCUCCAAGUACUCCCUCGAGAGUUUGAGGCCCGAGGAGAAGGUGCUGGAUCUGGGGUCUCGCAACUUCUUCCUCUGCGCCCGGAGAUCCGCAGACGCUGCUUGAGCUUCGGAUUCCAUCGAGCACAUGCGUCGCCGCCGUUGUAAACUAGUAGUAGUAACGUCAGGUCGAGGCACCUUCAUUUGCCUUCUGAAACUAAACUUUGUAGAGAAUGGGUGGAUAUGUUGUUCUCAUGUGAGUUGUUGUGCUCAAGCUAGCUAUUUCCUGGCCUCUGUUUACCUGAUGCUUGCUAGUGGCUCCCGCGAGACGUGUCGGUCAUGGAAUGGAUGGACCUCUAGCGGGAAUAAAGUUGUGGGCAGGC